AUGAAGCUUCUUGUGAGUUUGUUUGAAAAGAAGCAUAACUGCUGGAGCCGGAUUAUUGCGUUGAAAAUUCAAGAUUUUUACGAAGUUUCAUCUCCAAAUGAUCCUCCCUGCGUGAAGGCAGUUCCUAGCAAUGGAAGCAUAAUCCUUGUCUGCAUGACACUGUUAUGGUCAUUUUCUCUUAACCGCUCUCAUGAAGGUCCAUCCAUGGAGGUAGGCCAGAAAAACAUCUUUAGUGGUGGAACCAAUAAUGCAGAGGCAUUUGGAGGAUCUUUCAUUUGCCACAGCACAGUUAAUCAAAUCAACUCCAAGGGAAUCUGGUUUGGGGAUGAUCCACUUACACAUUAUCUCCCAGUUUUCUUGGUCCAACUUUUUCUCAUGUUCAUCUUCACCCAUAUGUUUUACCUUAUCAUCAAGCCCCUUGGUCAACCGUCUUUUGUUUCUCAAGUUCUUGGUGGUGUAACUUUAGGUCCUUCUUUUCUUGGGCUCAAUACAACAUUUGCUGAUAAGAUAGAUCCAGCCAUCGCUUUUAGAUCAGGUAAAAGGACUUAUGCCAUAGGAAUUUUAGGGUACUUUGUUCCUUACUUAUUUUCCAAAGUGGUUGUCUAUAUCCUCACACGUUCUGGCUCAUUGGAUCAUGAUGUUUCUGUGAUGCUCCCUAUUGUGAUAGAAGUUCAAUGCAUCACAGCCUUUCCUGUAAUUACUCGCUUUCUUUCUGAACUUCAGAUCCUCAAUUCAGAGAUUGGAAGGUUGGCCACUUCUUCUUCAUUAGUUUCUGAGGUUUGCUACAUGUUAAACAUCACAGUAACAUUUUUUAUGAGAUUAUCUUUGACAAAGUCAAUAGUAGUAUCUAUUGGAUCCUUCCUGUCCACCGCUCUACUUGCUGUAUUCGUCAUCUUUGUAAUUCACCCUGUUGCGUUAUGGGCAAUUCAACAAUCACCAGAAGGAAAACCUGUCCAGGAAAUUUAUAUCAGUGGAGUUCUCCUAACACUAUUGUUAUGUGGACUCCUAGGUGAAAUCAUUGGCAUAAAUGCACUCAUUGUAUCUUUCUGUAUAGGGCUAGCUAUACCAGAUGGUCCACCCUUGGGAGCAGCAUUGGUAGAUAAGCUUGAUUGCUUCGUCUCAUUAGUGUUUCUACCCAUGCUUUUUCUUAUAGUUGGACUAAGGACAGAUGUGUAUGCCAUACAGAAGAUGAAGAAUAUAGCCGGAAUUGAAUUAGUUAUUUGCGCUGCUUUUUGUGGGAAAAUUUUAGGGGCUUUGUUGCCUCUCCUUUACCUUAGGGUGCCAAUUCGAGAUGCCUUUUCUCUUGGUUUUAUAUUGAACAUCAAAGGCACUGUUGAAAUGGCCGUGUUGAUUGACUUGAAAUUGAAAAAAAUGAUGAAUGAUGAAUGUUUUACAAUUAUGGUUCUUACUUUACUGUUCAUAUCCGUAUUUGUGUCACUUAUUGUGAAAGCUCUAUACGAUCCUUCUAAGAGGUUUCUUGCUUACAAAAGGAGGACAAUUAUGCAUCAGCAAAGUGUUGAACAAUUUCGCAUACUAGCUUGCAUUCAUAAAGAAGAUAAUGUUUUGGCUAUUUUAAACCUCCUUUCAGCUUCCAAUUCAAAUGAAGCAAGCCCUAUUGAUUUAGUUGUGCUUCAACUUAUUAAGCUUGUGGGGCGAUCUUCCUCUCUUCUUGUUGCUCAUGUGCCGCGUAAAAUGUCUGCUAAACACCCCACUCAAACUGAGAAGAUUUUUAACUCAUUCACCAAGUUUGCAGAUGCAUACAAGGAGAAGGUCACACUACAUUACUACAAGGGCAUUUCUCCCUAUGCUACAAUGCACAAUGAUGUGUGCUACUUGGCACUUGAAAAGAGAACAACUUUUAUUAUAAUACCCUUUCACAAGCAGUGGAUACUUGGAAGGGCAACCGACUCAUUUGUUCCAUUUCAGCAACUAAACAAGAAGGUUUUAGAGAAAGCUCCUUGCUCAGUUGGUGUCCUCAUUGAUCGUGGCACUCAGAAAAAGUUUUGGUGUGGCUACGCAAAGGAAUCAAGUUAUCAAGUGGCUAUGCUUUUCUUUGGGGGUGCAGAUGAUCGAGAAGCCCUUUCAUAUGCAAGGCGUAUGUUAGAUCAACCUUAUGUCCACAUCACACUCUUUCAUUUUACGUCUCCAACUCAGAUUGUUGGAGGAACAGAAAGAAGCAAAAUGCUUGACACACAAAUCUUGAGUGAAUUCAGGCUUAAGGCCUUCCAAAAUGAGAGAGUUUCUUUCAAAGAUGAGACGAUAUUGAAUGGAAGAGAUGUAAUUACAGUUUUUGAAUACAUGGAUAGUUGUCAUGACCUUGUCAUGGUUGGGAGGAGGCAUGCAGAUUCAAAAGUAAUGUCAGAACUUUACAAAUGGAAGCAUGGGGAGUUGGGAGUUGUUGGAGAGGUUCUUGUCUCUUACAAUGUUGGAGCCCAAACAUCUAUUUUGGUGGUGCAACAACAAAUCAAAUAUUGGGGAUCACGUGAUACAGAGGAGUCAUACAUUUAA